AUGGGUUUUGGUCAAAAGUGGAUACAAUGGGUCAAAUAUUGCAUCUUAACUGUGAGAUUUCCAGUGCUUAUCAAUGGCUUACCAGCAAGGUUUUUCCGUGCACAAAGGGGUUUAAGACAAGGAGAUCCUUUGUCAGCCUUUCUCUUCUUAAUAGCUAUGAAGGGUCUUAAUAGCAUGAUCAAAACAACAAACAUGAAUGGGUGGCUCAGAGGAUUUGAUGUGGCCAGAAUUGGAGAAAAGAAUCUGGAGAUAACUCACUUGCAAUAUGCUGAUGAUACUCUCAUACUAUGUGAUGCUGAAGAGGAUCAACUUAGGAUCCCAAGGCUAUGGAGGAUUUUGUUAAAUCUCAGAGGCAUCUCAUGGACUAUGCCUGGAAAGAUUACUGAAGCAAUCCAGAGCUGGGAGGAAGCUGGUGUGCAGGCAAAAAGUAGAGAUAAAUGGAGAAUUGUCCCUGCUUGUGUCUGGUGGACAAUUUGGAAGGAAAGGAUGCUAGAUGUUUUGAUAAAUAAUUUCCUUGAUCUGGCCAAUAUUUGCACUAACCUUGAGGCUACAGUGGCUGAUAGGUGGUCCUCUCAGGGAUGGAACUUCUUCUUCAGGAGGAAUCUUAAUGACUGGGAAGUAGGCAGGUUUGUGGAGCUAUUGCAGAUGAUUGAUGGUUUCAAAGGCACCACUGUAGAGGAUGACACUUUUAAAUGGAAACACGAUAAGGAUGGCAAGUUCUCUGUAAGUAGAAUUUAUGGGAAAGAGGUAUCCAGGAUGCCUGAGAACAAAACAGGACCUUGGAAGCAUGUAUGGGAAAGUAUGGCUGCUACUAAAGUUAAGUGCUUUGCUUGGUUUGUAAUCAGGAAAGCUUGCCUCACUCAUGAGAUCCUACAGAAAAAGGGAUUGCCAAUUGUGUCCAGAUGCAUGUUAUGCAGUGAGGCUAGAGAGACAAAUAACCAUCUGUUUCUCCAUUGUAAAGUCACAUCUCAGCUUUGGACUAUGUUCCUCAGUUUAACAGAGACCAAAUGGUCAAUGCCAGAGCACACAACAGACUUGUUAAGUUGUUGGAUUAGGAGAGGGGGAAGCAAGACACAAAAGAAGUGGUGGAGAAUAAUCCCACACUGUAUCUGGUGGACUAUCUGGAGGGAAAGGAAUGGAAGAAGCUUUGAAGAUAGAUUCAACAACAUUCAGAAAAUCAAAGGGAGCUGCAUUGCAACUUUCUGCUUUUGGUGUAAAGAACAUUGUAUAGAAAAUGCUGAACAGUUAGUAGAUCUUUUAGGAUUAUUGUAA